AGAAUUCUUCAAUCGUUCAACGUUCUCUGUUCCUACUUUUUACGUCUUUCGGGAUUGCAAGCUUCGCAUAGACCACAACUUGGCGAUAUAACAAUAUUCAAAUGGUGACACUCUUUAUUACUGUGUUCAGUGCUCAAGAGUCGUCAGUCGAUGGGUUCAAUCCCGCGGCCCGUCCACACAGGAAGCCAGUAGAGACGGAUUAUCUACGCAAAGGAAUUAGGGCAGAUGUAAUUCGCAGUACAAAUUGAUUUGUACUGUUGUUGACGACAUCUGCAUCAGCAUGUAAGCCGCUUCACCACAUGACUAUUCCUACGUAAAACUACGACACGUCACGGUCUUCAAACUUACCCUCUUAUCUUGCUUUCACCGCAUCCAAUAUGCAAGUGCAAAGUUCUUUUCCUAAUGAGUUCCAGCUUCGUCGCUAUCCUGAAGUCAGUCUAUUCGAUUUCGAACCGCCCCCCUACAAUCUCACCCCAUCCUACACGAUGGAGAAUAUAGACGACAGUCCAGAGACUAUUGCGAAGGUUAGGGAAGAAGUCCUAAAGAAAAGACUGAAAAAUCCGUUCUGGACUUGGUUCGCACCGCCUCCUAUACGCGGGAUGUCGCCGUCAUGCAAAUCCGACGAUUAUCCACUUGAAGCUUACAUGCCUCCGCCUCCUUUGCCUGAGGUACAUUUCACCCAGGGUCUUGUUUAUUUACAGCAAAUGAAUCCAGAUGGCAACCAUGAAAUGUUUAUCGUGAAGUGGGAUGGCAAAGAAUGUUUAUUAAAGACGUUCUUCGAUGACACCGGACUUGAAGAAGACGAGGAUGAUCUCCUGAACUCAACCAUGACUAAAUUCCACUCCGAGAAAGACGCCUUUGCCCAUCUGCUUCAUUAUGGCGCAUGCGACGCUGGCAUUUGUUCCUCAUUGCUAUGGCUGGUUCCGCCUUUCUGCUGCAGAUACUGCAUUCUUGGGUAAGACAUAUGGUGUGUGGGGCGACUUGGAAGAUCGUCUGCCUUACGGUAUCCUCCUCGAAUACUUUCAAGAUGCAGUUCCCAUUUCAAUUGAUAACAUUUCGAUCCCGAUUGCCGAGAAAGCGUUAAGAGCUCUGUGCUGCAUUCACACGGCAUAUGUAUGCCAAGGCGAUAUUGCCCGUCGGCAUUGCUUGCUGUUGCCUGAUGGGCGGAUUGUCUGGGUGGAUUUUGACAAUGCCUUUACUCCUAGCGUCCCCCUGCCACUACAGCCUGCACGUCGUAUCGAUUUUUGGUUGGAGUUUGGUCGGGCCUGGGGCCAUUUGUAUAUGAGUUUGGUAAGUCAUGGAGUCUUCUUGGUGAGAAGUAGUAUGUACUGAUAUGACCGCCGUAGCUGCCCGACAAACGUAUCCAGUACAGGAACCCACUUUAUCAUUGAAUGGGGAUUAUCGCCAUGCUCUCAUUCUGAAAUGGGAAUAUACCAGUUUCCGAGUAUUAUGUCGACUAAAUAGAUGAUUUCCGGUAUCCAGUACCCUUGCUCGCUUUCAAUUUUAUAAGGUUUCGAGAC